CAAAGAGGGUGGGGAGAUGCAGUGUUCGGAAGGCGAUAGGUGCCCUUCUCUAUCAAUCCCAGCCAAAGCCACUCUCUAUUGGGCUCGCCGGGCAGGGGAAAAAAGCUUAAGGCGGGAAUUGCGCGUCCGAGGAGAGGCUAUAUAAAAGCCGGACAAAGGCAGCAGCGAGGCCGUUUUUACCUCAGCGCCUGCCGCCAUCUUGUUCCUUCGGACGCCCUGAGGCGAAGAAAAGCGGCGGCGCUGCCCGGUUCUAUCCCCAACCGCCACCAUUUUUGCCAUGUCGAGAGACCGCUUCCGUAGCCGCGGAGGCGGCGGAGGCGGAGGCUUUCACCGGCGCGGGGGCGUCGGAGGCCGGGGAGGCCUCCCGGGCAACCAUGACUUCCGUUCCCCGCCGCCAGCCAUCGGUGGCGCGAUGGGCCAGCCCCGCGGCGGCGGCGGCCAUCACCACCUCGGCGGCGGCCUGGGAGGCCCCCCCAAGCCGGAGCCCGCCAAGCCGCCCAGCUCGGCCUCCACCCCGCCCUCCUCCGCGGCCCCUUCCGUCCAAACCGGACCGCCGCCUUCUGUGGUGGGUCCGGUCCAGAACCAGGUCGCCGCGCCGCCUCCGGCCUCUUCCGCAGCCUCCUCCGUCGCCACCACGCCCAGCUCGGCCUCUGCUCCGGCGGCCUCUUCUGGGCUCCAGAGCGGCGUUCGGAGCGUGGAGCAGCAGCCGCCGCCGCCGCCGCUUCCGCCGCCAAGCCAAAGCCCCAGCUUGGGGGGCUCCAAGAAAGGACCCGGCCAGUCGCCUGGAGGAGGAGGAGGUGGCCUAAAAGGAGGACCCGGAGGCUCCCAGCCAGGAGGGGGCCCCAAAGGCGGAGGGGGCCCCGGGCAGCACCGCGGCGGCGACAGGCGGAGCGGGCAAGGCCAGCAUCAGCACCCUUCGCAACAGCAGCAGCAGCAACAACUGCAACAGCAGAAGCAACAGCAGCAGCAACAACAACAAGGCUCGGGCGGGGAGAAGAUGUCCGACGCAGAGGGCUUUAAAGCCAAUCUGUCGCUUUUGAGGCGUCCUGGAGAGAAGACCUACACUCAGCGUUGCCGUCUCUUUGUUGGGAACCUGCCUGCUGAUAUCACAGAGGAGGAAUUUAAGAGGUUAUUUGCUAAAUAUGGUGAACCCGGUGAAGUUUUUAUCAACAAGGGGAAAGGCUUUGGCUUUAUUAAACUGGAAUCCCGAGCUCUGGCUGAGAUUGCAAAAGCAGAACUUGAUGAUACUCCUAUGAGAGGAAGGCAGCUCCGUGUGCGUUUUGCCACACAUGCUGCUGCACUUUCUGUGCGUAAUCUUUCCCCGUAUGUAUCCAACGAAUUGCUUGAGGAAGCCUUCUCUCAAUUUGGCCCGAUUGAAAGAGCUAUUGUGAUUGUAGAUGAUCGUGGCAGAUCAACAGGAAAAGGGAUUGUUGAAUUUGCAUCCAAGCCUGCAGCACGAAAAGCCUUUGAACGUUGCACCGAAGGAGUCUUUUUGCUGACAACUACCCCCAGGCCAGUUAUUGUGGAGCCACUUGAACAACUGGAUGAUGAAGAUGGUCUUCCAGAAAAGCUAGCUCAGAAGAAUCCGAUGUAUCAGAAGGAGCGAGAGACUCCUCCACGCUUUGCCCAGCCUGGAAGUUUUGAAUAUGAAUACUCUCAGCGGUGGAAAUCUUUGGAUGAAAUGGAGAAACAGCAGAGAGAUCAGGUGGAGAAGAAUAUGAAAGAUGCCAAGGACAAGCUGGAAAGCGAAAUGGAAGAUGCUUAUCAUGAGCAUCAAGCAAACCUCUUACGUCAAGAUCUCAUGAGGCGACAAGAAGAACUGAGGCGUAUGGAAGAACUUCACAAUCAAGAAAUGCAGAAACGCAAGGAAAUACAGCUGAGGCAGGAAGAAGAGCGCCGUAGGCGAGAAGAGGAAAUGAUGAUCCGUCAGCGUGAGAUGGAAGAACAAAUGAGAAGGCAGAGGGAAGAAAGUUACAGUAGAAUGGGUUACAUGGACCCUGUAAGUCAGGGCUGGAAGAAUCCCAGUAAUCUAGCUGCCCAGAGGGAGAGAGACAUGAGAAUGGGUGGAACCAGCACAAUGAACAUGGGAGAUCCCUAUGGUACAACUGCUCAGAAAUUUCCACCUAUAGGGGGUGGGACAGGCCUUGGCUAUGAAACCAGUCCUGGAGUUGGACAAGCAUCUAUGAGUGGCUCGAUGAUGGGAAGCGAUAUGCGCCCUGAGCGAUUUGGGCAGGGAGGUGCGGGGCCUGUAGGUGGCCAGGGCCCUAGAGGAAUGGGGCCUGGAACUCCAGCAGCUUAUGGGAGAGGGAGAGAAGAAUAUGAAGGCCCAAACAAAAAGCCCCGAUUUUAGAUGUGACCUGUAGACUUUCAUUCCAGUUUGUUUUUGUUUUGUCUUGUUUAGACACUACUUUUUUUAAUUCUUGCAUUUUAGUAAGAAAGCUACGUUUUUAUUAAUGUUAGAAACUUAAUGACCUAGGAUUUGUAAGUGGUCUGGGCAAAAAAAAUCUAAUUAUGUAAUGCAGUGUUCAAAACUUAGCUUUUUGAUGUAUAACAUCCCUACCUUGAUGGCAGUGUACCAUGUGCCAUUUGAAUUCCCAAGUGUAAACUUUUUUUACUGUGCUUAAAAUAAAUAGACUAAAUGUAGUAAUGAUUCUUAUCCUAAACUUGCUGUUUGCGGUUCCAAGUAUACAAGGUGACGAUGCCGCACCUUCCAACAUUCAAUGCAGUGCUUGAAAAUGACUUCUAUAUGGCACAAUGUGGCUUAAAGGCUGCCAUGUCAUAAAAGGUCUAAUUGAAGUAUUUGCCUAUCAACAUGCAAUAUUGGUACCUAAUUAGGUCUGAUGGUGCACAAACAUUACAGGUUUAAGUCUCUCCCUCACAAUAUUCCUCUAGUAUUAGUUGUCCAGAAGUUGUAGGAUACUUAUUCCAUGAUCUUGAUGUUAGGACUUUCUGGCUUUAAUUGCCUUGUAUAUUAAAGUUGAAAACACAAACUUUACUUGCCUUACAAAAUGGUUCAGUGGGGCAACAUUCAGUUGAUGUGGUUGAAUGAGUUAGUCUUCAGCCCUGCAGUAAGAUGGUGGGAGAUGGGGAAUGUGUUGGCAAACACCUGGCAGUGUUGGUUGCUGGGUAUCUUAAAGAGCAUCUCUAUUUUGAGUUCUACAAGUCAUAGCAUAGCUGGACUCCUUUUAAAGGAUUGCUCAGUGUGAUAUUUCCCCUAAAAUGGCUCAACAUAAAAGACCUGCUUGGCCUAGUUCAGAGUUGACACUUAACCAAAAUGAUUUGGCAAAAAGCACCAUUUACAGAAGGGAACUUGUAUUUUAUAACUGUAUCAUCAUUUGGAAAAUGAAGUGCAGAAAUGGAAGUAUCCUUUGAAACUUUUGGGACUAAAAGAAAAAUGUGUAGUGUUCUGUGCUGUAGUAGCUUGCCUGAUAAACCUGACACUUGAAAGCCUAAAUACAGCUAAAUUUGUGUAAAUUUUGUACCUAGGGCCACAUAGCACAAACUUGCAUUUAAACUGGUGUGGGGGUGGGGGUGGACUUUUCUUAACUUCAAAACACAUGUAUGAAUUAAAGGUGUCUUGGAUUCUACCAUAAUGGGCACCUGAACUUCUGGGAGCAGAGUUUCCCAGUGUAAAAGGUGUGGGUUGAUGACUUAAAUCAACCUGUUUGGAGAUUGUUUGCAUUUAAUUCUAGAUGCAUUUUCACUAUUCUAUAUUACAUAGCUUCUAAUCCUUGAAAUAUUUUUUUGUUUUGGGGAUGAAUUGGACUGUUUGUAAAUAGUUUGCAACUUGUGUGGACAAAACCUAGGUACUAGGUUGUCAUUAAGCACUCUGGUGAUGCAAACUCAUAGCACAAAACUCUGUGCUAAAUGAACAGCUUAAGUGCAAGAAUGCUGGUAAGCCGUUGAUUGGUCAAGGCUGCUGGGCAAUUACUUAUAAUUUGGUGUUGUAAUUUGAGCUACAUUCACAGAAUCUUUCAAGAAGCUAGACUUGCAACCAGCUGCUAUUUGAAUUAUAGGGAAAAUGCAAUUGUGUGUUCACUGAAAAUCUGUAAAGAAUCCCUUGUAUAAAAUCCAGAAAACUGGAUCAUUUUAAAGGGGUGUUCAUAGAACACCUACUGUAGGGACUUCUGAGAUUGACAGGGGUGGGGCCUACGGACAUGGACACUAAUUUUCAGUUUAUUUUUCAGAUUACAUGCCAUUUUUCCUUAGGAUGCUGGCACUUAUCCUAAACCAUGCUCUUUUGUAGUACUGUAAUCUUGAAGAGUGAAGGAGGCUGAUGGACCCAUUACCUUCCUAAGGUUCAUCUCUGGUUUCAUUCCGUUUAAAACUAGGCUGACUUUAAAUCUGGAAGAAAUAGUGAGAGUUUCAGUAGAGUCAUAUGUCUCUUCUGUCCAGUGCGAUUAGCUGCACACACUUAAAACACCUAUAUAGUUGUCUGACUAUAAAGCACAAUAAGAAGGCUAGUCCCCAGGUAUUCGCACAUUCAUAUAGGUUAAAAUUGAGAUGGGUGGCAAACUUUCUGAUCCCAGUACUGUGGUUUGAAGGGCUUUCACUGAAUUUGGAUGUUUAGUUGGUAGCUUUUUCCAACUGGAUUAUCAAUGUUUGUUCCCAAGCAAGUUUAGGCUAUGUGCUGGUGCGUGUCGAGCAGAAAAGGGUCUACUCCACUUCUGCGUGCCCACUAAGCUAUUUAGCACCCCUCUAAAAGCCCCCUUCUGUACAAAUGCCAGCAUUUCCCCCAUGUUUUCACACAACUUUAUAAUUAGCAAUUGCUACUCCCCAGCAUGUUAUAAACUCAUCUUUGUCAGUGAUAAUGAAAAACUGAAUUUGUUCUGUGCGUAUUUUGUGGCAUCUUGUCUUUAAAAAAUAUGGGCAUCUCUGUGGCAACCACUUUAAGGUGGCAUGCUUUUUUCUGGAGUUUUGCGACUGCAAUUUGACACUGUUUAAAAGUAGUGGCCUGCUACGUAACGGCACUUAGACAGCAUUUCCGCAGUGCAUAACUGUGAGGAACGUAGUACCACAAGUGGCAAUGGACAUUAGGACCCGGAUGUAGUAUUCCUGCUUGCUCCGAGAUUCUCAUUGUCGCCUGCAUACAGGUAGGUAAAAAGCACUAUAAAUCUAACUUGGUGACUUUCUGUGUAAACUUGCUGUGGGGGUACUCUGGCAUCACACUCCUGACCAUGGAAUUUCAGUGCAGCACUAUUCAUACUGUGUAUGAUACUUAGAUUUUGAGGCCUAACCUGCAGUCAGCAUUAGGCAAACUAACGAUGAUGCUGAGAUGUGUGCCUCAGACCCGUGAUUUCUUCAUACAUAUGACUGACUUCAAUCUUUACUGUGUGCCAAAGACAUCCUUAGAGCUUGGUGGGAAGGGAAAGGGAGUGCAAUCUGUAAAUAACUGCUCAAAGUGCUGUUUGAUCAUAGAAAUAAGUACUCAAAUAUAUAUAUUAGACUGGCAAAAAACUUCAUAGCCCUUUCUUGGCUAAACAAAUUCAUUGGUAAUUUGCCCUGGGUGAUGGCUGUGCUAAGCUUGAAGGCUGGGGAGUAGUUCUUGUAACUUUAGUGGUCAGUGAUACAAUGUGCUUGGGUGGUUGUGGGAUGAUGGCUGUGACACUUGUUCAAAUGGUACACCGAAGAAUCAAGAGCUCCUACUUCUCAUGUUCCAUGAGAAAUCUUACCAAAAGGUGUAUCUUAUUCUUGCUGGUGAAAAUACAUAAUGGGGUUACAUACCUAAUGUGUAUUGCCCUCCAGGUCUGUUGGCUGUAUUGUGCUAGUUAGUUCAGCAUUUCACGUCUUGAUGUUUCAUCUGAUCUGGGUCUUGGCCAUUGCACAAGAAACUGGUUCAGUGGGAAAGGUUUUUCUGAUGGUAUUAGCAAUAUUUUACUUUGUAUACUUAGGGCUGAAGUGUACUUCUGUCAAAGUAGGAUGCUGUAUUUCAUGCAAAGGGGUUUACUAAUGAGCAGGAUUCAAAAGUGAAUCUUAUGAAUAAUUACUGGAUAAACCAGUUCUAUCCUUUGUAUUUUAAUUUGCAAGAGAUGUGUGUUUGAAAUCCUGUUGGUAUGAACAGCAUGUGCACUGUAAGUCUAGUCAAUGCCCAAACAUAAGCCAGUGAUAAAGCUAGUGAAAACAGCUCUGCCAUGACCUUGGGGAUGGGGUGGUGUGGUGUGGGGAAUAAUAGCUAUAUGGUUGCUGUGCAACUACAUUUACAAAUACGUCCCAAUCACAGUAUUCAGUUUUGACCAAUAUACUAAGGAUUUACUUGAUGUGUGGGAUUAUGGCAAGCUUCUUUCUCUGCAUAAGUUAUUUUUCACUUAAGAGCAGAUGAGUUGGAAUAAGGCCAUGGGGCUAUAUACUUAACUGCAGUGAUAAACAGGAAUAUAGUAGAUAAUCUCAAAGGCAAUAACUCUUGUCUGCUUAAACACCACUUUGUGUAAGUGGCAUGAGAAAUAACUUAAGUGCUUGCAUUGUGUUCCAUUUUUUACUGUGUAUAUUUUUGUCCUAUGAAUAUUUGGAUUUCUUGUAAAAGCUGACUUCAAAAGCUCAGAAGUGUGGUGCCAGAAUACAUUAUGCGUAAUCUGCUAGGCUCUCGGUUCCGAUAACUGGUGCUGUCAGGAGAGAAGCACUUCAUAACUUUGUGGGGGAGGGAGGCAUGAAUACACUGAGUGUGCAAAGCUUCUAUUGGCUGCAGUUUCCUCCCAAAAAAUGGCUUAACAAAGUCCUGAGACUAGCUCUGUACCCAAGCAACAAGGGGGCUGAAUGUCUGCUAAUGUUUGCCAGCUGAUCAGGAAGGCCUGUGGUCACUUUAAACAAAGCCCAACAUGAAGAGAUUGUGCUUUUUUAGGUUUGUUUGGACCUUUGGUUGUUUUCCACCAUCACAGCUAGCAAGGUUGGAAUUACAGGUCAGUUGCAGAUCUGUCUCUAUGCCACUUGAUGGGCUGGGUGGGAGUGGAGAAAUGGGAGGAUCGACCUUCUCUCCCUCUGUCACUGCAAAUAGAUGAGGGAUUGUUAUCGUAGCAUGUGCCUUUGGAAGCCCAUGGUGAUAUAUACAAAUCCCCAUCUGAUGAUUACGGCAUUGAACAUCAGUACAAUAUAAGAUGUGGGAAGGGAUGGCUGCAAGUGAAUAGCUAGUGAUGGAAAAACAUAAUUUGUGCUGUUAUAUCCUAUUCUUUCCGUUGGCAAAAGUACUAAGCCAAGAUGUGGACUUCAGGAAACUGGCACAUUGGCUGCCUUGGCAGUAUCUUUAACUGGAGGGCCAUUAAGAGUUGCAAGUGGAAAGGUGGUCCUUUCCCUCACUCUCUGCCCUUAAUGAGGCUUUCAGGAAAGGAACUUGGAGCACAGAGGGACAAAACUUAGUGGCUAACACAACCUCCUGUCUGUAUUGUAAAAAGUUCAGGGGACUGACCUUCAAUUAGUUCACAGGUUGAUUUGCUUCAGUGGGAGGGGUGUGUGACAGCAAUUCAGAGAGGCAAUCGAGUAGUUGAAUGCACAUAAGGUAUAAUAUGCCUCUGGCUGCAAAUAUCCUUAUGUUUAGCUUGGAAGUUGAGGAUUAAGAAGACAUUAAGACUAGCUGCAUUGGUUCACUAUCCUGCGUUUCAGUCUUUUUUUUUUUUUUUUUGCUAUAAAGCAUUCAGCUUCUCCUACUUGUGCCCCAUUCGACUUCCCAACAACUGUAUUUGCAGAAUUUGUAAACUCCCCUCAGUUUACCAAUCCAUAGGUUAACUCUUGUUUAAAUUUAUUUCAUUUUCAGAAACACUGUAAUCUGCAUUCCCUUACUAACUUUAGUUCUUAUUCUUUAGGUGAAGGCAAUACCAGCAGGAUGAAACUAGAGUGCUGUUCUACAUAAGAACUCAAGCCAGUAAUGUCAGCCGUUGAAUGGUGGAAGCAUGUGAGAGCCCCCUAUACGCUGAUCGGGAGGUAGCAGCUGAUCCAGAAUACAGAGGAGAGGUGUCCAGGCAUUAAAUAGCAGCAUCCUUUAACUUCAAUAAAUUCAGAAACACCUUAAAUCUGA